AUGUCCAUGGCUGUUCACCAUAGUACAGGCACACACACAUGGACCAGUACACGACCUAUUCCGUUAGAAGAGUGGCUUAAUCGCAGCGAAUACACCGAACAUUGGUUAGAUAAACUAGCCAAGCAAUUAAACUCAGCUGAGAGUUUCGAUGCAACCAGUGGCGAAUUUUACAUUGAACUGUUGUUUUUUAAGAACCGUCAGCGUGCAAGUGGGCGUAAAGGAAAAAAUCCUGGCAGUAUGUCUUAUGAAGACAUGCUCAAAAAGAAGAAAUGCCUUAUCACAAUUAAGAAUAAAGAUGAGCUUUGCACCUCGUGGGCCCUCGUCACCAUGCAAGCCCUUGCUGAUGGAAAUCCACAAUAUGAGACCAUCAAAAGAAGUAGCGGUCAGGAACGCUAUCUCGCACAUAAACUUUGUCAAGAAGCCGGGGUAGCCGAGGGACCAUGUGGUUUCGAGGAAUUGCAGAAGUUUCAAGAUCAUUUAGGUCCUCAAGAUUAUCAGAUCAUUGUCUUUGAAGGACAACGAGGCAUGUUUGGUUCAAAGACCACACUUACAAUGAUGCACCCAAGAAAAUCUGCCUACUCAAAGUACAAAAUCACUUUCACGGUCUGUGUAGCAUUCCAGCCCUGUUAA